AUGGAUUCGAACACCCGUGAAGAUUUUCCAUCCGAUGUGGAAAGUGCUAUGGAUUUUAAUGUUCGGUUCGGAAGUGCCAUUUGCAAUUUAGAUGCACUGGACCGGCAUGAUCGAGGACUUGACCCGAUAGACGUAGAUAUUUCGGAUGCUGCUUCGGACCUCGCUGGAUAUCUCAGAAGUUGGGAUUUGAGUCAGUACAUCGAUAUAUUCAGACGAAAUGAUAUAACUCUAGGGAGUUUACCCUUCUUAAAGGAUGAUAUGAUAAAGGAACUGAUACCUUCCAUAGGGCAUAGAGCAAUAUUUUUAUCGCACUGGGAGAAGUGGAAAAUCAGCAUGGUUUCGGCUGCUUCACCAUCUCCUCCAAUCUCUCAAAGUGGAGAGUAUUCGCCUGCACAAUACAAUCAGGAACCAUCAAAUAAUGCGGAAGCUUCGGCGGAAGCUUCGGCGGAAGCACAGAAAGAUGUUCAGUCUACUUCAAGCUACAUAGUAGGGUCGCAUAGAUCAGCAAAUUCCUCCCCUUCAACGUCACGUGGCCAAUCACCACUUGCAAGCAGUAGACGAUUCAGCUGCCCUGGGCUGUUACAGGAAGACGUGGAAGAACAGAUGCAGUGGCUGAAAAACUCUACUGACCCAUGGGCUACUGUUGAAGUGUAUUGGGAAAUUACAAGAAGUGCAAGAAUGCAUAUUCUGUCCAAGGAAGACAUGACUAUUAAUGAAUACUUUUCCAUGUUGCCAUGUUUACAGAAACCGGCUGGCUACUUGCUGCUUAUGAAUGAUUAUGACCACCUCCAUGGAAAUGUAACAGGAAGUCUAGUUGCUAAUUUUCCUCUUCACAAAGAGCGGUUGUUAGAAGUGAUGAAGAACAAAGCUAAUACUACCACUGUCCCCAGUUUGAAACUUGCAUUACAAGAGCUGCUGACAGUAGCUGAAUCUGGAGAAGAACAAAUGAAUCUGGCCCUCUUUAUGGCUCUCACAUACUUGCUGAAUCUGAACUGCAAGCAAAAGGGGAAGAAAGUUGAUGCGUGGAGGCCAUCUAGGCUAGAGGCAGCUGAGAGCUUUAUCACUUAUGUUAGGUCCGCCGCUGAAAUAAAAGAGACUGUCAAGAGACGAAGAGAAAAAAUGGCAGUUGCAAAAGACUCUUUGAAAACACUGUGUUUUGAAGAUGAAUCGGUCCUUAGAACUUUCGACGAAUAUAAUGAACAAGUCAACAAUGGACUGCCCUUAACCACCACUGGCAUUAAAGAAAAGUGUGUAUGGUUAGGUGUCCAAGGAUUCAGCUUAUUUGAACAGGAACUCCCCAAUGGACCUACAACCACUACUACUACAGUUGAAGUACAAAUACAUAGUGUAGUGCUAAAAGUGAAGCACGUAUUUCCGAACGAUGAAAUCGAACUACAACUGAUGCAACCCAUCAAAAAUGAUACACCUAUACUGAUUCCAUUCAGGAAAUGGGACCUCAGCCAAUUGCCUGCUCUUACAAACGGCGCAAAAAGUGAAAUUUGGGCAGUCAAAACGAGCGCUUCGGUGGAACGUCCUCGGUACGUUAUUGUGUGCUUCCAGAAAUCUAAACGUGACAAUGCAGAAGCUGAUGCUACCCACUUUGAUAACACGAGUAUAGCUAGUAUCAGAUUAGCCCUCAAUGGUGAAUAUUGGCCUAAUGAGAGAAUGCAGCUGGAUUUCGCUAAACAAGACUACACCCUUGCUUACUACAACUAUACCAGGUUCUAUUCGAGCUAUUCACAUUCGACGGAGGUUCACCCAAUCUUGGAUUAUGGGGAAUUCAAACAGCAUGCAUUAUUUGUGAUUGAUUGCUCGAGGCAGGAAGAGACCAUGAAAUCAUCGACAGUUGAUAUAAAGCUUGAAAUCGAAGCCGAUAAAGGAUUCCCUGCUGACACCAAAGCCUAUUGCAUCAUCGUACAUGACUGUCUGCUAGAGUACUUCCCUCUAACGGAAGUCGUCAGAACCUUGAUUUGA